CAUAUUGAUCUUUUCUGUACCAAAGAGUAUUUUGAUCUCUACCACAAUUUCCUUGGAAAGUAGAUGUAGAGGAAAAUCCUUAUUGUUCAUUGGAUUUUAGCAGGUCAAAAUUCUCCAGUAUGUGGAAAUGGGAAGUACCUAAAAGCCAAACACUAUUUUUUAAGAAUUGCAUCAAAUUUGAAGUAUCCAGGAAACCCUAAAAGAUGAAUUGCUUAUGAAUGGACUUCACUUCCUAACCCCGGUCUUUUCUCUAGACGGAUCCAAUUUGGAGAUGAAACUGGUGAACAACAGGGCCCAGCGAUGUCUAGGAAGGGUAGAGGUGAAGUUCCAGGGAAAGUGGGGAACAGUGUGUGACGACAACUUCAGCAAAGACCAUGCCUCUGUGAUCUGCAAACAGCUCGGAUGUGGAAGUGCCAUUAGUUUCUCUGGCUCAGAUAAAUUUGGAGCUGGUUUUGGACCAAUCUGGCUUGACGAUCUGGCGUGCAGUGGGAAUGAGUCGGCUCUCUGGGACUGCAAACAUGGAGCGUGGGGAAAGCAUAACUGUGACCAUGCUGAGGAUGUUGGAGUGAUCUGCUUAGAGGGAGCAGACCUGAGCCUGAGAGUGACAGACGGAGUGUCCAAAUGCUCAGGAAGAUUGGAAGUGAAAUUCCAAGGAGAAUGGGGGACCGUGUGUGAUGAUGAUUGGGAUAGUCAAGAUGCUUCUGUGGUGUGUAAGCAACUGGGAUGUCCAACUGCUAUCACUGCCAUUGGUCGAGUUAAUGCCAGUGAAGGAUCUGGACCUAUUUGGCUUGACGAUAUUUUCUGCAAUGGAGAUGAAUCAGCUCUUUGGGAGUGUAGACAUCGGGAAUGGGGGAAGCACAACUGUCAUCACAGAGAAGAUACUGGUGUGACGUGCUCUGAUGGGUCAGAUCUGGAACUGAGACUUGUAGGUGGAGGCGGUCGCUGUGCUGGGAUUGUGGAGGUAGAGAUUCAGAAGCUGGUAGGAAAGAUGUGUAGCCGAUCCUGGACCCUGAAAGAGGCUAAUGUGGUCUGUAGACAGCUUGGAUGUGGAUCUGCACUCCAGACACAGUCUAUAAUCUACUCCAAAAGUAAGGCGACAGAUACGUUUCUCUCCCCUGGCACUUGUAGUGGAAAUGAAACCUCUCUUUGGCAAUGCAAAAACUGGCAGUGGGGCGCCCUUUCCUGCGACCACUCAAAAGAAGCCCAAGUUACCUGUUCAGGUAAGACUUUCAAUUCCUCUGUUAAGAAGCAGCUUAAUUCCAAGGAUGCUACAGCUAUCGUGUCCAUGACUUACUUUGUUUGUUUGUUUUGCGUUUGUUUUUUCAAGUAUGUUGGUGAAGUAAACCUGCCAGUAUUUGCCCAGUUGAAAUCCUCAGAGCUGGUACACGGACUGGUGUAUCUGGAAGGCCCCUGCAGGUUUGACCUUGGCAUGAGUCUGGCAGGAGUGGUGGACCUGUGCAGGAACCUGCAGGUGUCUGUGAAACAACUGGAAUAG